AUGCAGUUGGUGCUCCAUUAUGACACCAUAAUAAUGGCAAAGAUCUUCAGUGCAUUGAUAACUCUGCACUUCGCUUUUGCCGUUAAGCAAAAUUACUUACGUCAUAUUAUUGAGGGACCUGGAAUAAGAGCUCCCGUAUGCUCAUGCAUAGCGCCUUCAUCUGCACAAACUGCACCAGUAUGUUCAUGUUAUCACCCACAUCAUAAUGUUUCUGAAGAUCAAAUGCGAUGUAUCCCAGCUUGCCAGGCAUCUUGCGUUCAGUCCUGCGUUGAUCUGCAACAAACACUACCGGCAUGUCAAGUUGCAUGCGAUUCUACCUGUUUUAACAGCUGUAAAGUUGCAACAGCAGAUCGAACACCCAUAAUACCACAUUCUGUAGAGAACUCAAGGCAAAAUCAGCUAACUUCCCAACAAAUUUUCGCUACCGCUGCCCAGCAAAAACCGACUUUGCAGCAACUGAUAAUGAUGGAGAAGCAAAAUUCGGGAUUUUUAUCAGGAGAAGCACCUUUAGAAUAUAUCUUAAACCCUGCUAAAAAGCAAGAAAUUGAGCGACUAAUUAAAUCAAAAACUGUUCAAUAUUCUACAAGAGUGCCUGAAAAUGCUCUACCAAUUUCUAAUAAAGUUGGGCAAGCAAAUCAUUUAGCGCGGUUUUACACGUUUGCUGCCUCACAACAAGGAAGUUUUUGUAAUGAUAUUUGCAUACAACAGUGCCCCGAGACCUCAGAGCAAAAUUCUUGUCAAGACUUCUGUUCAGCUCAAUGCAGUCCUGGGUCGCCAGUCGUAACAACGAACGCGAACGAUCCCCAAAAUCUUCUUUUGUCGCCUACGAGUUACACAGCUGUUCCAGAAACAGUAACUAAUUCUCCUCAGUACCAGCAGCCUGCUUACAUUACACAAGGAUCAUCUAUUCAAAUGCAACAACCCGCUGUAGUCACACAAGUAGAACAGGUGCUAAGUCCUUAUACGAUGCAAUCACAUAUCGACAAUAUGAAUGUAGCAGCAAAUUCGAUUACACCAAAUAUACAAAAUGAAAUUGGCAUGUCUCAAAAUGUCGCUGUUAACGAAACAGAAUUAAAACCAAUUAUUUUUGUUGACACUGCUCCUCUAACUGAAACGGACUAUGAGCAACUGUUUCCUUUAAUCAAAGAAAAAGGUUCAAACAUUAUCUGUAUUGAUAUUUGUCUGCCAUAUUGUGCCGACCAAUGCGUAACGCUAAGAACUGCCAAUAACUCGUCGACUUUGCAAGGGCAAUCAGGAUCUAUUCCAGAACCGCAAUUACCGACGCAAUCAGUCACACGGGAGUUGCAGUCUUGGCAACAGCAGCGGCUCCAAAUGGGAGGAUCUCAAAACCAGCAAAUGCAAGACGAAGUACAACAUGCACUGAACUUGUUACAACCAGUACAAAAAGAGCAAGAGCAAUAUCAGAUAACGCAGCAAAAUCCAAUUCGAGUAAAUUUAGCGCAACAACCAUUGACCGAUUAUCACCAAGUACAGAAGCCCUCAGCCAUAAUGCAACCAGCGUCAAAUUCCAAGAAUCAGUACCAAGAGAUACAGCAGCCGGUUUUUGUACAGGGAAUACAGCAAGAUUUAGCUGCAGUUCAACCACCAAAUGAAGCUCAUAAUAUGUUGCAGCAGAUACAGCAAACAGCAGUUUUGCCGCAGCCGUCGCAACAGAAUGAUCUAAGCCCCCAGCAAAUGCAGCAGGUGGUAAUUUCAGGUAAGCAGCCAGAACAAACAAUUUAUCAACAAAUACAGCCCACAGUGCCGCCACAGCCGCUACAGCAAGUAUAUAAUUCAAAUCAACAGAUGCAGCAGGUGCCAAAUCCUACCAUUUACGUACAGGCAAAGCAGCAAGUUCAAGACCAGUAUCAGCAGAUAACACCGACUUUAAAUACAGUGCAACCAGGGCAACAAGUCGGUAGUCGGUAUCAGCAAGUAGAACAGCUUGCAACACCAUUACAAUCUUCCGUCCAGUCCGUGACGCAAACUGAGAUUUCUCGGCAGCAGCAACUUAUUGAGCCCCCGACAGUGCUAAGGAGAAAUGAAACAAACCUUGUUUUUGGAUCAUCAUCACAGGAAAAUGCCCCUGCAAUAAGUAUAGUAGUUUGCAUUGUAAUAUGUAUGCCUGCCUGCACGGCAGAAUGCCUUCAAAAGGCUGAUAGUACAUCUCUAAACAACUUCUCCUCAGCACCUUCGGUUCAAAGCGCUUUAGAACCAUCCUAUAUGCCUUUAAUCGAAAUGAGGGUACAACCUGACCCAUCUACAGCACCGUCUUCACCUCAGCAGUGGAUUCCAAAUUUGGAAAUGUUUCAGCAGCCACCCCAGCAAAACGAAAAUACGGGGCAAACACAAAAUUUUCAAAUGCAGGCACCUGAUCAGCAAGUUCUGCAAGGCGGCUUGAGGCUGAUAAAUCAGUCCUCGGAAGUACAGCAACAGCAGUACCAGAAGCAGUAUCAAAUACAGCAAGAACAGGGUACGCUUGUGCAAAACUAUCAGAAUUUGCCAGAAUCACAACCAAAUUUCUCUAUGACGCCUGUGAAUACCCGAAAUAAUAACGUAAUAAUUGACCAGCAAUUUUCACCCGUUAACAAUAACUGUGCGCAGCAAUGCGGAAAUACUUGUCAACAGCACUGUGUAUCAGAAAACGCAGACCCGACUACGUGUAAUAAUGCUUGCUCAGUUUCUUGUGCUCGAAUUUGUAGGUCAGUACAGAGUCAUAAGCGGGAGCAGUCAGAUUUGCGAUAUCGACUUGAAUCGACUGAUGUUAUACAGAAGUUAGUGCACUCUGUAUUGCAAAAUUCCACUUGGACAAACAAACCCUGCAUUGCCCGCCACGUAGACGAGAGUGACUGCCUUUGUCCGGGCAUAUUAAUGUGUUCUGUUCGUAGUGGUUAA